UAUUGGCCAGUUAAGCGAGUAUAGCCAAUAACAAUAGCUUUAGCAGUUUUCACAAAGACUUCCUACUUCCUAAAAACAUUAGUUGUGUAUAAUUAGUUAUCGUGAAACUUAUUUUUCGAAGAUUAUCGCGAAGAAAAUUAGUCGGUUAUCAAUCUUUUCAGAUGAUGUUAAUGAAGGUUUGUUGUUAGUGUGAAUGCUGUCUGUCUGAACUUGAGUGACUUCCUACUGAACUUUCUUCACGGAAGGUUUGAAAUAAUUGUAAUGGAUGCUGAAGUAAAGAUGCCUUUGUACGUCAAAAGAAAAGUAGUUAAUUUUAAUGAAUUUAGCUAUUCUUACUUUUAAAGGAGUUUUCUAAAGAAUGAAGAUUUGGCAUGUAUCAUGAUGAUAACAGUGAUAUGGCCUGUAAGGUCCCCUAUUAUUAUAGUGAAUUAAAAAAAGGUGCUGCUGUUGAGACAGAAAAAAAUAAUUUGAAUAAAGUUGAAAAUCCUUAUGAGAAAGGACGUGGUUUUGAUAAUCCAUUGUUGGCUAUUGAACCAGAUGUAAGUACUUGUGAUAUUCCUGAAAAGGUUACAACUUUUCAGAAAAAAAAGAAGAAGAAGAAGACAUUUGCAACUCCAGUUUAUCGGCGAUCUAAUUCAUUAAUCACAAAUGGUCUUCGCAUGUCUCCACGAACAAACUAUGCUCGAAAAGAAGUUGUUUCGGCUGGAGAAGGGACUGCAAAUAUUGUACAAAAAGAUAGUGAGCAAUGUCAUAAAAGACGGAGCUCAGAACCAAAUAUAUAUGAAGAAAUACCUGAGCAAUCACAUGAAGAUUCUUCUUGUUAUUCAGGAAGUGUAAAGGGUUUUGCUGGAAUGCCUCGAUGGCCACAAACAGCACGAUCGCGAGACUGUGAUCGUUCAUCAGCUUAUUCAUCCAAAGUGGUCUUGGAUGAGGUUGAAAAAGUGCAACAAAGACAUGCACAAAUAUUGGAGAACCUGAAUUUAGAUGUUGAAGCUAUGUUAAUGCCUGAAGAUUCUGUUUGCUCGGAAGAUUUAUGCGCGGAAACAUGUAAACCAACAGAGCAUGCAGCUACAUUAGAAGCAAAAGCAUCCCAUGUGCUUAGUCCAGGAACUCCUCCUUUAUAUUUCGCUUCAUCUCGGUGGCAAGGUGGUGCUGGAACCUUACCUAAACCAGCAACUGCUAGUCUUGGACGGCGUGUAAUGAAUGAAUACAUACUGCAACAAUCUGAUUUUUGUCCAGGUGGCUCUAAAACUACUGGAGCCCAUAGCCAAAGAGCAGUCCAGCGAUCGAAUGAAUCAGCGUCUGCCGGGAAACCAAAUGAAGAACCAUUAUACAUGCUUUAUGAUGACACCCAUAGGCAACAGUGUUCUUCACGAGGUUUACAAACUCCAGAAGACAACAUUUACGAAGAAGUUGACCUACACCAAAUAAAUCAGACAGAUGAAGAUUUUGGAGAUACUGUUAGUUUUAUAGAUUCCGAAGCUGGUAUUGAUCAGUCUGCUAGCUCUGCUAGUGAAGAAGUUGAAGAAGAAACUGGUGCUGCUAAACUUGCUGCUCGGUUUAUUGGCAAAAAGAAAAAAAGUGCUAAGAAAGGAAGAGAGAAUGAGGGCAUUACUGGUGGCUUCACAAGAUGGUUUUCUACAAGGAAAAAGGAAUAUGAAUUAGAGAAAUGUGUCAGUAAAAUUAACAGGCAUUCUCAAGAUGAAGAUGGCUACGUUGAUGUGAAAAUACCAAAGAAACAGCGUCCACCUUUAUCACUACCUCCAAUGCCACCUGGUCUAACCCCAGAAAAAAUGAAAAGGAGAUAUAUUAUUGGAAGCAUUGUUGACAGUGAAAAUUCAUAUGUUAAUUCUUUGCAAAGGCUAAUAAGAGACUACAAGCAUCCUUUGGAAGAUUCUGCCCCUCCAAUUGUUAGUGCCAACAAGAUAAGUAUAAUGUUUCAUCGUGUUGAACAAAUUUUGCAGUGUCAUAAUAUUUUUGGAAUUGCUCUUAUCCAGUGUGUGCGCCAGUGGGACCAGGAAGAAAAGAUUGGAGAUGUGUUUGUUGCAUCUUUUUCCAAGGCUAUGGUAUCUGACAUAUAUAGUGAUUUCAUAAACAAUUUUUCCUUGGCGAUGGAGACGGCAAAGCAAGCAUCAAAAAAUAAAUCUGCAUUUGCCGAUUUUCUGAAGAUGAAGCAGAUUAACAGUCCAGAUAGACUCUCAUUUUUCGGUCUUAUGGUUAAACCUGUUCAACGAUUUCCUCAAUUUAUCCUAAUGCUUCAGGAUUUGUUGAAAGAAACGCCUCCAGGUCAUCAUGAUCGGAUGUCUUUACAAAUGGCAUUAACACAGUUAGAAUCUUUGGCUGAAACCUUGAAUGAAAGAAAGCGAGAAGCUGAGCAGCAUCAUGCUGUAAGAGAGGUGUUGAAACAUCUUGGCAAAUUUUCUUUUAAAUCGUCAGCCGAUAGGGAUCAUUUCUUGUUGAGACAAGAUGAUGUGAUUCAGCUUCAGCUGGAUCAGAAUGGACUUGUUAUAAAGUCCAAAGAAAGAAGACUUUUCCUUCUCAAUGAUCUCUUAGUGUCAGUGGCUGUUAUUCCCCGGAGUAAUGAUGGGAUUUUAAAUGGAGAAAGGCUGAAUUUAAAAUGGGCUGUCCCUUUGCAAGAUGUUGAAGUUCAUGAUGAUGUAGCGUUGUCUACAAAAAAUUUAAUUUCCUCCAGCCGAAACAAAACUUUUGGAAGUCGCAGUUUAGAACGUAAUUCAGAUACCUCUAAUGAUAAGACAUUGUAUGAUGAACUGCGAGAUUUAGUGCAUGAUAAAGAUAUUAUCAGUCGUAUUGAAGCUUUAGUUUGCUCUCUGAGAGGUUCUUAUCCGAGUUUAAGCACUGAUGUUCUCCAAAGUAUAUCAACCUCAAUCCAAGAAUCAGUUCGACAAAAAUGUGAAGAAAUCAGUCUAUUGGAUAGUUGCUGUUUGCAGUUAGCGGUACCUGUUCGAUCCAGGUCCAACAAAGAAACUAUAUGCUUCCAAAUGUCAAGCCCAUCUGUGAAACGUGAUUGGACUACUGAUUUAAGGCUUGCAAAACUUGCUCUAGAUCCAAAUAAUACUCCUGCCUGGGAUAUACCUGAACAAGAAAAGCGCCCUAGUAGCAAAAUGCCGCUUUUUGUUAAAACUUUUCCAGUAUUUCAAGCUUCUUGUUCCUCUGAAGUCAGAUGUGGAUGUCAUUAUAUUGUCAAUAGCUGCUCAGUUCCUCAACAGUAUCUGUGGUUGUGCUCUACUGAUGGUGUUAAUAGCCAUCUAGUUGUUAUGGCUGUGCAUUUGACACAUCUGCGUCAAGUAGCUGAAUACCACCUUAGUGAAACCAAAAUUAUUGCUAUUGAAGCUGUUCCUGGAAUGCAGAUUGAUAAGAGUUGUUCAGAUGCAGAAAGUUCUAGCAACUCUGUAUUGACAGUAGAAACAGUAUGGAUGGGAACUGAAAAUAGAAAGGUGCUUAUUUUGGAAGGUUCCUGUCCAGAAAAAUGGGAGGAAAUUGGAAAUACAGUCGUUCCUGCCUCUAUACUUCAAAUGAAAUAUCACUUUGAUCAAGUUUAUGUAGCUUUGACCAAUGGUACAGUCAUUAUUUUCCAUAGAAAUGGAGAUGGCCAGUGGCAGUUACAGGAUCCCACAAUAGUGACAUUAGAUCAGGAACCUGUAACUUGUUUGUUACCAUUGGGCUUGACUGUGUAUUGUGCAUCUGGUUCAAAGAUAUGGGUUGUUGACUCAAUUACAGCAGAAGUGCAGCGAAGUUAUUCCAUACAACAUGAUAAUGAAGGUCAGGCAUAUCUCUUGGCACAUUCUGGAACGGGACUAUGGAUUGCUUUAAAAAAUUCCUCCACUAUAUGCUUAUAUCACACUGAAACAUUUCGUCAUCUUCAAGACAUCAAUAUUGCAGCAAAUGUGAAUAGAAUUUUAGCAGGUAAAGAUAAAGAUAAAUCACCUCACACUAUCUAUGUUACUUCACUUGUUGCCUGUAAAGGUCUUCUGUGGGUUGGAACAAAUGUUGGAAUAUUAUUGACAGUUCCUCUUCCUCGCUUAGAAGGUGUACCUAUUAUAACUGGACGAGUUAGUUUAGCAUAUCAUGCUCAUCAGGGGCCUGUGCAAUUAUUGUUAAGUCUACAACCAAAAGCCCUGUCUCUUCCUGUAUUGUCUUCUCCUGUUACUAGAAGACCUGCAAGUGCUGAUGGUGAUGAUGAGUCUUUAGUUUCUCCAAGAUCAAGAGUUAUGAAGCAAAUUUCUGAUUCUGUCUUGCCAUCAUCAAUAUCAAACAAGAAAUUAACACCUGGUCCAAAGUCAAAUCUUAGUGAUAUUCAUGCAUCUGGUGCAAAGACUUUACCACGAGGCAUGUCUUUAUGUCCACACAUUUCUUCACAAGGAAACAUAGAAGAAUCUAAUGAUGUUUAUGGUCUUUAUGCUGAUUUAAUGAAUGUUCAAGAUUAUGAAAAAGACAGCCAAGAAAAAUUAUAUGAGCGGCUUAAUCAUAGUGAUCCUGAGCUAGUUCAUUUUCACCUCAAUACUUUAGAUAGAAAGGUGCAACAAAAGUCAGGCCGUCCAAGAUCGUGGGAUUUGUCCACCAUGGCAGUAUCAGAGGAUUCAGAUUCUUCCGCAGCUUAUGAUACUGCUUCCACGGCUACAUCUACUGCUACAACGGAAAUAAGUAUGCCUUCACCAGAAUCUACGUGUGAUGAAGUUCAUUCUCCUGUAAAAAAAAUUAGUGAUGAAUCUCGAAGCUUACCCACUCAUGUUACAUUAGGUAGAACAGUUUAUAAAUCAACACCAAAGGCUGUUACUGAUUCUACUCAAAAAACUGUUUUGAUGUUAACUGGUGGUUGUGGUUACACUAAUUGGCGUAAAGUGGAGAAGGAUCAUGAUUCUAAAUUAUCCCUUGAUGCACAUGUUAUGAUUUGGGAAGUAAAGCUGUAAAUAACUUCUUUUAAGGGUUUUUCUUUAUAUGUGGAAAAACAAUGUCAUAUGAAAAUGAAACAAUAAUCAGACACAUCUUAUUGAAUCACAUGUAGUCUCGUUUUCAUUUUCAUUGAGGUAUAGAGAAAUUUUUUUUUCAAAUGUUAAAAGUUUUCAAGUAAUGUAUUUAAAAAGUAUAGAUGUACCUUUAUGAUCAGAAGGUUCAUCUGUUGUUACUUUGUAUUUCAAAAAUGCAUGUUAUUGAAAU